AUGGGGGGGGGGGGGGUGGGCGCAGGAGCCAGCGGACCACCUGCCUCUUGUCAUGGCGCUGCUGUGGAGCAGUGGGAGGUGUAUGUGCAAGGAGGCGAUCAGGACUCCAGCACCUUCCCUGGCUGCAUCAACAAGGCUGAGGUCUUUGAAGACCAGGUAAACGCACGCCUCAAGAAAGGACUGGCGGAAGGUGAGGACUACGUGCUGCUCCCAGCGGCUGCUCGGCAUUACCUGGUCAACUGGUGUGUUCUAGAGCAUGGCCAGCCUCGCGUGGAACGCAAGGUCGUGGAACUGCCCCGCAUCCGCAGGGCUGAAGUGCGCUCUAGAACUGAUGCUCGUCCCGCUCAGCGAUACGGACACACCUCCCACGGCUCGGCUCAGCCCCGCAGAUUCCAGUGA